GUACAUACUUACUUACAUCUUUCUUUAGUUAUAGUAAAUGUAGUAGUUCAUAUAUUACAUAAUUUGUAGCACACCUAGAAGCCGUGCCGUCCCAAAACUACUAGAUGGAACGAAUAGAGUGACGAAAAACAAGAACGAAUAGAAUGAAGGAAAAGAAAAAUAAGCAAACUUGAACACCAUGUGGGCAUAGACAUCGGGAAAAAGGGACAGCAACAGCUGAACUAAAUUAGAUAAACUUUCAUGUAAAGGAAUGCCAGCUCAAUUUAUUUCUGGGAGGACAGGCGCCGGCCAGCUAAUACUCAACGGUUUUACAUUCUAUUUGAAAAAUAACCAAACCCAGGGCAAGAAGCAGUGGUAUUGUUCCGCAAGAGACACCCAGGGCUGCCGUGUUGACGUCAUCACAUACAAGGGUGUAGACGUGCCAGCUCAAUUUAUUCCUGGGAGGACAGGCGCCGGCCUGCUAAUACUCAACGGUUUCACAUUCUAUAUGAAAAAUCACCAAGCCCAUGGCAAGAAGCAGUGGUACUGUUCCUCAAGAGACGUCCAUGGCUGCCGUGCUGACGUCAUCACAUACAAGGGUAUUUACUACCUCCCGUCACACAGAACUGGCAGCAUGGUGUUGAUUUACAACGACAACAAAUAUUGGAUCAAUAAUAGAUACCAGAAUACCAUUAACUGGACCUGUAGGGACCGCAAGCGGCUUGGGUGCAACAGCUGCGUGCAAACGACCAUCGAGGGAAGGUAUGUCAAACAUAAGGGAUUUCACAAUCAUGAGGACAAUUAUACUAAGUAUAACUUCAACGAUUGAUGUUCAGAACUACUUUGGCCAGUUAUAACUUCUGUUGAGGGACAGUGGUCUGAAUAAAUAUUUUUCCAAUCAUUUAUAAUGGAAAUCUCAUUGGAACAAAAGUGCCUCGUUUCUUAGUAGCGUCUUGUUCUUAUGCCAGUUUGUGCUUGGUGAUGUCGAAAGUAAGAUCUUGAAUAUGAGAUGUUCAUGGUAAAUUCCAAAUAAAAUCCGAUUAUUUAAUCUAUGAACGACAUAACUUACGUUUCUGUUUUCCCGCUUAAAAAUUGAAAAAUAUUGAAAGACCAAUCACAGGCGUGGUGCGCGCGCAGUGUAUUUAUGUACGUGCUUCUGAUUUUGGCGCGCAAACAAACUUAUCUUGACAGACUGGUCUCAGUAGUUUCACACGUAAUAUUGCAUUUCUUGUAGUUAAAUAAUUAAUAGAGAAUAUUUAUUGAAGAAAUUGUUCUUAAAAU